AAAAUAUAUCCAAACAUAUUCCAACUUGUUCAAGAUAAUAUAGUUUGAUUGUUAAUAAAAAAAUUUUCAAUUAAAAAUUUUACAAUGAUGUAAAUUAAUACUUUCUUGGGAAAAUAUAGUUAUUAUAGUUUAUUUACGCAAGCGCUGUCAAUUUGCGUAGUUUUUAUUUCAUCAUUCAAUAUAAAAAUGUAGUGUCAAAAUUUUUUUGACAAAUUCCUGUUAUAAAAAGGAAUUAGAAUUGUUUUUCAAAAAUGGAGAUGUCACUGCAACAUUUUUCGGACUUAUUAAGUAUUUUUACAAUAGGUAUGUGUUUUAUUUUAAAAGUACCACAAAUUUUAAAUCUCAUGGCUUUAAAAUCAGCUAAAGGAAUGUCUAUAAUAGGCUUGUGCCUAGAAUUGACAAGUUAUACAGUGAUGACCAGUUACAAUAUUACAAAUGGCUACUCUUUACUUUCAUAUUUAGAUUAUCCAAUUAUUUUGGUGCAACAAUAUAUACUCAUAUUCUUGGUAUUAAAGUACCUUGAGAAAAUUAAUUUUAUAACAAUAUUAAUCUCUGCUCUCUAUUUUACUACUUUUACUUCCUUUGUACUUCAAAUAUUGCCAAAGUCUCUAUUAACUUUAUUUGUGCCUAUAUGUACUCCAAUUACUGCGUCUAGCAAAGUUGUUCAAUUAUUAACAAUUCAUCGAGCUAAAAACGCAGAAUCUAUUUCCGUUCUCACAUGGUUUAUUUCAGCUUUGACAAAUUGUACAAGAAUUUUUACAAUAUGGAUGGAUUCUGCAGAUGUUUUACUUUUGGGAAAUGUUACUAUUUCAACAUUUCUAAGUUCGUGUGUUAUGUUUACUGUGAUUUAUUACAAACGGCAUCCAAAAACUGAUUAAAUUCUCUUUUUUUUUCAUUAAUAAUUACUAUUCUCUGUAAAUUAUAUAUAUUCGUUGAAGAGUUUAAAUAAAUUUAUUUCUUUAAACGUAGGUCUUUUUUCUUUAAUUAAUAAAACUUAUUUUUGAAUUUUACUUUGAAAAUUG